GGACACCCAUGCCGAGCCACGUAUACUACGAUGCAUCCGUCUUCCCCGUCCGCUUCUUUCUUCUCUCGUUGGCUCUCUUUAUUGGUUGGGCCAUAUAGAGUCACUGACAUCCCACCAACGUCGAUACCGACAAUCACAAACCGAAUCGGCCCGCUGGAUCCUCCCACUAUCUGGCGACAUUAACUUGGACUCUGGUCUACGAGUAGCGAGGGUGGUCCCUUCUCUGACUUCUUCCCUUCUUCAUCCUGGACCUUUGUCUCUGUGCUAUAUGUGUCUUGUUGCAUUAUCAACACAUCAAGCCGUGUAAGCUCAUCCAAAGAGCAUUGACCAAGCGCGACAUCGACCAUGUGCGUGGACGAGGCUCAAUCCGCCAAUCCGACAGCGCAGCCACCUGGUAGCCACCAACCGGCACUCUUACCUGAUUCCGAUCACAGCGACGCUGAUUCUGCAUUUGGCGGAUCUGCCGAUGGCUCGUGGACGGCAUCUCUGGCUAGCUCAGUCUUGAACUACAAGUACGAGAAUGGCCGAAGGUACCACGCAUAUCGUGAAGGACAAUAUAUUCUACCGAACGAUGAGGACGAGCAGGAUCGACUCGAUAUGCUUCACCACAUUUACAAGAUGAUUUUAGGUGGAGCUUUAUAUCGGGCUCCGCUCAAAGAGCCACAGCGGGUUCUCGACAUGGGUUGUGGUACAGGCUUAUACUGUAUUGAAUUCGGCGACGAGCACCCCGCAUCGAUUGUUGUUGGUGUAGACCUCAGUCCGAUUCAACCAGAGUUUGUCCCUCCAAACGUCAAGUUUUACGUCGACGAUAUCGAGAGCGAGUGGACAUACCCCCCUUCGGAGCAUUUUGAUUUUAUUCACGGCCGAGCUCUCUGUGGGAGCGUAGCCGACUGGCCGAAGCUGUUCAAGCAGUCACUCCAAAACCUGAAGACUGGUGGCUGGAUGGAGAUGCAAGAGUAUCAGUGUCAUGUCUGGAGCGACGAUGGCACAGUUGAUGAGGCCAUUUACCUCAAAGACUGGGUGGAGCAAAUGAAUGAAGCAAGCAAGAAAUUCGGCAAACAGUUGAAGACAGCUGUUGCCUUGAAGGCGCACAUGCAGGACGCUGGCUUUGUGGAUGUUCAUGAAGAAAUAUAUAAAGUACCAAUCGGGCCGUGGGCGAAGGGUAAGAAGUAUAAGGAGCUUGGCACUUUCUAUCGAGCUCAAUUUCUCGAUGCCGUCGAGCCGUUUACGCUGGCUUUAUUCACCAGAGUCCUGGGAUAUAGUGCGGAUGAAGCGAAGAUUGUCAUCGCCAGAGUUAAGAGGGAUCUGGUCAACCCAAAGUUGCACAUGUAUGUGCACUUCCACUUUGUAUGGGGGCGGAAAGCCGCUGAGCCAAGGGCAAGUGAAGGCUGAAAAAUGGCAAAACGAUUUAUGGCUGCGGAAGCCAAUGAAAGAUUGAAAGCGGAAAGGCACGAAUUUACCUUCGUUUAGCCGCAAGGACGGCGGCGCAGUACCAGGGACCGUCGACCGAUACCAACGAGGACCCGAGAUGGAAGCUCACAUGCUAGGUUUGAUGCAAUGAAGACUGUCACAGCGAGGAAAGUUGUUCUGAAGCGCUGCUGAUGGUGUUUUACCAGGAUCUUCAAGGAGGACUAAAGGCAAGUCCAGAAGAUGGCGAAGGUGUCGUAAAAGAGAGACUUGCAUGAUGAAUCUCUCGGGAGUCACUGCUUUCGGCAUUUUCCUGCCAUCGACGAGUGGGCUGCACGACAAGGCGUUUUCAGGGCUGUUGUGCUCUCCUGAUGAAGGGACGAUGUGCCUGCCCAACCUGGAAGAGCCCAAAGGCGGGUCUGAGGCCAAUGUGAGAUAUCAUAAUACCAAAAGUUUAUGGAAUGUUCAGCAUCAAGUUGCAAAGAAGCAGUGCCUUUCCGGAAGAGAUGACCUUGCCA